GCACGAGGGACAUGGUGGUAAGGGUGAACCUCGGCGCUAGCGAGGUGGACGCAGAGAAAAAUAGAUUGUCGUACGACAUCGGGGGCCGCAGCCUGGUACGGACAGGCGGGCGCAGCCCUUAUUGCUGAACGCGCUCCCUCGCUAACAUAGCUUCGUUUCCAUGAAUCUGCAUGGCUAAGAGCCGAUCUUUUAAUUUCAAAGAGGAGGGGCUUGCUGACCCUCUUGGUGAAUUUAGCAAUCUUUCUACUUUCAACUUGCUGGAAUUCGUCCACAACGAUAAUACGCCACUGGAUAGCCCCGAUCCUGCACGGCAACAAAGCAACGAAAGAAGCUUACAAGGGCUAGGACAUAGUCAGCAUCAAAAUCAGCAAGCUAUGUUCCAGAAUGCCACUCGUUUACCUGAUUCACCACCGAUAACAGAUAUCUCGGGCGCUGGAUCGUCUGGAUCUCCGGAAAGCAAUUCUGACGCUCCAUACUCUCCAGAAAACUAUCCAAAUUAUGUUGGUAUCCAUGGAAAUCUGAACAAUAAUGGACUUAUCCUUGGUGUUCCUGGUAUCAUGACACAUGAGCUUCAUCAAAAUCCUCAUGGUGCUGUAUCACAUCCGAUGACAUCUCCACAAAAUGGAUGUUUUAUGAGCCCUUACCCUCCUAGCCAGCCGACACCUGGUAGUCUGCCACAGGUCUCUCCUCCCGUCUCGAAUGGUCGACAUGAUAGUCAGCAAUAUAUUGUCAAUAGUGGCUACAGUGCUGGUUUGUUCAAUCUAUUGAACGUUUCAAGCGAAAGAAGCAUUAACAGUCAGCAGAGCGAAGCUCCAAGAAAGCGUCCACGGAACGACAGCCAGCUGCUUGAUCCCCCAAAAUUCCUGCCAACAUUCCCCGGGGUGGGGCAAGCGCCCGUAGCAGCCAGCCCCAUUGAUUGUAAUUACCAGGACGAAAACUUCUCGCAACAGUUCAAGGUGAUCAAAUUCUCGACGUUCCAAGAAGACCAGUGGAGCCCUCUGUACGACAUCAACCAUCAGCAACUGACGAAGUUGAAAAUUUGCGUUGUUGCCGAUAAGGGAUUCAACUACUCAAACUCCGAUGGUUGCUUUGUCAAUCAAAAGAAGAAUCACUUCCAAAUCUCAGUGAACAUCGAAGCCAAUGACGAGAAUCCGCCGAAAUUUGUCAAGGUAGAUGGAGUGAUGCAUCCGAUCAAAGCGAUCAAGUUGGCCUUUUGUGGAGUGAAAGCCGAAAUGCUCACCUCUGAGAUUCAAAUCAAACAAUCACAAACUGACCGCAAACCGAUACCGCACGAUCCCGUCAUCCUGAGCAUUCAUGCUCGCGAAAUCACAAAAGUGACGGUACCUAGGCUCCACUUUUCUGAGACUACCCUCAACAACCAGAGGAAGAACAAUCGACCGAACCCUGAUCAAAAAUAUUUUCUCCUCGUCGUGCGCCUACUCGCCUGUAUAGAAAAUGGACCACCUGCGCUCAUCCAGGCGCAGCAAUCAGAGAAAGUUAUCGUUCGGGCUACGAAUCCUGGAUCAUUCGAGCCACCGGAGAGUGACGUGCAAUGGUAUCGAAAUGGUGGCACGCUGGUUUGUCACGGACCAGUUGCGAUCGGUACGGAUCGCACUGCCGCAAAGCUCACUGUCGACGGAGACAUCUACAUCACAGGACAGAUGACGCGACCGUCCGACAUCCGCCUGAAAGAGGACAUUGUGGAGAAACCAUCUCGAGACGCACUUGAACAUCUGCAGCAGUUGCGCAUUGUUGAUUUCCGCUAUAAACCAGAAAUAGCUGAGCUGUGGGGACUGAGUGAGGAACAAAGAAAAAGGACCGGACUUAUAGCACAAGAGUUGCAAAAUGUCAUUCCCGAUGCUGUUCGAGAUAUUGGCACUCACUUGACUGUCGAUGAAUCGCGCAUCUUUUAUGAGACCGUGCUGGCAAUGCAGGAACUGUGCAGGCUGACGGGUGACCUGGACACCAAAAUUGACGACAAGGUCGAAGAGAUCAGUCAACGUUUAGCGCGAUAUGCUAGGAGAAAGAAACUCAUAGGUUCUAUCGCUUCAAACCUUAGCGAGCAAUCAUCAGGCAUCGUCAGCGACAACAAGAGCUACCUUUCGUAUUCACGAACUUCGCUUGCGUCCACAUCCCCCUCCAUAGCUAAAGAGAACAGGGACAGACGGAAGAUACGUACUUGUCGGUCGCAGUGUCAUCCUCAGGAACCGCUUUGCAAUUCAAAGUUGACCCAAGGCACCAUCAUCACCCUUGUCAUAGUAAUGGCUGCUUGUCUUAUCGCCAUGUCUGCUCUGUACGUGCUUGAUUGGCAUAACCGGAAUUACGGCUACCAGCAUCUCUACCCACCAAACGCUACCCCAUCGACAAAAUCUGGAGGCUCGGCAGAAGGUGUUGGGCAUAUGAUAUAUCAGAUAGACCAUCCAUAUCUACCGAUGCUACAACCGGAUGCACCAACGUUGAUGGCUUCAUGCCGAUCGAAACACUGUCAUACUUACUGUUGCGCGGAUCGAGCUGUCUACCGUUCUGUCAACAGAGUGAAUGAGAUGGAUGCUAUCGUGACUCUGGGCGAGCGCAGUAAGAAUAUGGUGGCCCGUAAUGCUCCGGAUGCUUCGGCAAAGAAGCCGCUUGGCACAGGCGUUCGAAUCUUGAUACCCACCCUCAAUGCUACCAUCGAUAGCCGUUAUUGUAUCGAGCAAAGCUGCAAUAAGAAACGUGGACGGUUUAACAUGUACAUCCCCGUAUCACCCUAUCUUCCGACGAUACCUCUGGAAAUUAUUUUCUCAGUACCAAAAGGAAAGCUUGUCAACAAUUGUGGGUACCUGGCAGAUUUUCAGCACAAAUACUGUCCCUUACAAAGUGACAGCUUCAGUGCAGAACGUUCACAGUAUCCUGUAGCGAAUCAGAUAGGAGACGAUAUUUUCGAGUUGUCUGUCGGCAAUUACCUCCAAUCUGCAUAUCGAUUCCGAGUUGGAUUCACGACAGAGUCGUGCUUCUCCAGCGAAGAUCAUCUUCAUGGAGGCUAUGAGGAGUAUAAUCUGAUAUUUUACCGCACUUGUGCGCCACCAACUGGAUCCACUGACGCACCUUCCGUGUGAUACGUCUAGUUUUGCGCAGGUGUACAUUUCCUUUCAAGCUCAUGCUUUUAUCUUUUAUCUUUUUUUCUUUUAUCUUUAUCUUUUUCAAAUAGAUUUCUCCUCUAUCCUCUUCCUUGUCAUUAACUAUAAUUAUCGUUGCAUUGCUAUGUGCCGAGUUAUCAUUGCAAUAUUCUUGUUUUAUGAACCAAUCUGAAAGUCUUUGUUCCGCUUAUCUCGGGAUCAUUACGAGUUACCUUGUCCUUCUGCAGGCCCUUUUACUUGUUGUUCAGCUGCUUAAACUAGCACUAACCGCAGCCCAGCGCGCUCUCAUCAUCUGAUACCCGACCUCCAGUCAUUCGUACCUCUUCAGGGCUCCAUACAUCCUUUCAGCACUGCAUCACGUUUUCUAUCCAUGCAUGCUUUCGCCAACUACAUUUAUCGCUAAACCGGCCAGUUACUGCCGUGGUCGAGCUCGCCUCGCGGUUUGUAAGCGUCUUCUUUCAUUACUAUCUUACUCUGUUGCUUCUUCAGUAUUAUUCCUACUAAUCCCUAGCAUUAGCAUCCAGGCCGGCAAGGAAAAGGGUGCAAUUUUGUGUAUAAACGGAGUUCGCCCUAUAAUCUACUAUAACGGAUUUAUACGUGUAUACAACGUUCUCAGUUGACAUCUUUUAUUUCAUCAAUCUUCCAGUCAUUUUUUGACCUGUGUUUCUUGUCUUCUCUGGAAUUGUCGUAAUCUGUACAAAUGGCGGUUCUUAUACUUUGCUUGAGUUACUACGUUAUUUUAUAUCAUUACUAAUAAUAAAAUUGCUACAGUAUGUAUGUAUAACGUGUAUUAACCCGGUAAUAUUGUGUACAACGCUGACAUAGAUUCAAUUAUUUGUUGAUCAGUUUUGCAUACUGUUAUAAAAUCUUCCUUGGAUAUUCGUCCUCGUUUGCCAAUAUCGAAUUUCUGGAAUAAAGACAUCUCUC